GUGCGCUUCCACUUCCGUCCGGCGGCGACUCUAGCUCUGUCUUGUCCCGCAGGUUUGAGGCUCUGGACCGUGGCGCGAACAUGGAGGAGCUGCUGAGGCGGGAGCUGGGCUGCCGCUCGGUCAAGGCCACGGGUCACUCGGGAGGCGGUUGCAUCAACCAGGGCCAGAGUUACGACACGGACCAAGGUCGACUGUUUGUGAAAGCGAACUCCAAGACCGAGGCCAGAAGGAUGUUUGAAGGAGAAAUGGCAAGUUUAGCUGCCAUUCUGAAAACAGGCACAGUAAAAGUACCCAGGCCCAUCAAAGUCCUGGAUGCCCCGGGAGGCGGCAGUGUGCUGGUGAUGGAGCACCUGGACAUGCGGUACCUGAGCAGUCAUGCUGCAAAGCUUGGGGAGCAGCUUGCGGACCUGCACCUUCACAACCAGAAGCUGGGACAGACGCUCCAGAAGGAGACUGGCACAGUGGGGAGAGGAGCAGGGCAGGCAGACCAACCCUUUGUAGACCAGUUCGGGUUUGAUGUGGUGACCUGCUGUGGAUACCUCCCUCAGGUGAAUGACUGGCAGAAGGACUGGGUCGAGUUCUAUGCUCAGCAGCGCAUUCAGCCCCAGAUAGACAUGGUGGAGAGGGGCUCUGGAGACCGAGAGGCCCUCCAGCUGUGGUCUGCUCUGCAGUUGAAGAUCCCCAGCCUGUUCCGAGAUCUGGAGGUCGUCCCUGCCUUACUGCACGGAGACCUCUGGGGAGGGAAUGUAGCAGAAGACGCCUCCGGGCCCAUCAUUUUCGACCCAGCCUCGUUCUACGGCCACUCUGAGUAUGAACUGGCGAUAGCUGGCAUGUUUGGGGGCUUCAGCAGUUCCUUUUACUCUGCCUACCACAGCAGGAUCCCUAAGGCCCCAGGCUUUGAGAAGCGCCUGCAGUUGUAUCAGCUCUUUCACUAUCUGAACCACUGGAAUCAUUUUGGAUCCGGCUACAGAGGAUCCUCCCUAAACAUCAUGAGGAAUCUCGUCAAAUGAGCUGCUCUCCGUGGAGGGCGAUGUCUCCAUGUCUCCCAAGUUCGGGUCUGGUCUGGUCUGGUCUGGUUGGGGACCUCUUAUUGCUCUCUCUCCAACCUCAGAAACAUGUCCUUUUGUCAUUCAGAUCACUCAGGCCUUCCUCAAGCCCCGUGGGGAGCAGAUGUCUCAGGACAGGCAGUGUCAUCCUGAGGUCCUACGCUGUUAGGGUGAGGCCACACUGAUGUGAACACAGGGGCUGUGAGGCCUGGGGAUGGAGCCAGGCGUGGCUGCAGGGUACACAGUGUCCAGAGUGCCCUGCUUUUCUUUCCUCCUCCUGGAUUCCGCCUGGCAUCUCAGAGCCUGAAUCCACAUGUGAAACCAUCUUGCUAGGAGCUUUUAUAAGUGACCAAUUCCCAAACCAAGUGCAUUCCCUUUCCUUUGUACCUGACCACUGGGCCUAGCUGCAGGCCGGGUGAGUCUAGAAACGUCCUGGGAGUGACCCAUUGCCAGCCUCUGUGUGAGCUGUGUACAGUUAGGAACCUAGAGUCACCCCUCUGACUCCUCCAUCAUUGUGUACAGGUUUCUAAAGCUGGCUGAGUUCUUCCUUGGCGAGAUGUGAGUACUGACCAAUAUCUUUUCUUUCCCUCUCUGUUACACUGAAGAGAAAUUUCACGAAUAUUGAUGCUAAUAAAUUCUUUUGCCUAAAACUUUGAAUAAACUUUGAGUGGUUUCAAUGA